AUGGCAGAAGAUGGCAACUCAACACCUCAGGAUGGCAACUCAACACCUCAGGAUGGCAACUCAACACCUCAGGAUGGCAACUCAACACCUCAGGAUGGCAACUCAACACCUCAGGAUGGCAACUCAACACCUCAGGAUGGCAACUCAACACCUCAGGAUGGCAACUCAACACCUCAGGAUGGCAACUCAACACCUCAGGAUGGCAACUCAACACCUCAGGAUGGCAACUCAACACCUCAGGAUGGCAACUCAACACCUCAGGAUGGCAACUCAACACCUCAGGAUGGCAACUCAACACCUCAGGAUGGCAACUCAACACCUCAGGAUGGCAACUCAACACCUCAGGAUGGCAACUCAACACCUCAGGAUGGCAACUCAACACCUCAGGAUGGCAACUCAACACCUCAGGAUGGCAACUCAACACCUCAGGAUGGCAACUCAACACCUCAGGAUGGCAACUCAACACCUCAGGAUGGCAACUCAGCACCUCAGGAUGGCAACUCAACACCUCAGGAUGGCAACUCAACACCUCAGGAUGGCAACUCAACACCUCAGGAUGGCAACUCAACACCUCAGGAUGGCAACUCAACACCUCAGGAUGGCAACUCAACACCUCAGGAUGGCAACUCAACACCUCAGGAUGGCAACUCAACACCUCAGGAUGGCAACUCAACACCUCAGGAUGGCAACUCAACACCUCAGGAUGGCAACUCAACACCUCAGGAUGGCAACUCAACACCUCAGGAUGGCAACUCAACACCUCAGAAUAGCAACUGA